CUGGGUGUAGGGGUUAGGGUUGAGACUGGGUGUAGGGCAGGGGUUAGGGUUGAGACUGGGUGUAGGGCAGGGGUUAGGUUUGAGACUGGGUGUAGGGCAGGGGUUAGGGUUGAGACUGGGUGUAGGGGUUAGGGUUGAGACUGGGUGUAGGGGUUAGGGUAGGGACUGGGACUUCAGUAAGGAUGCUGUCAGUGGUGAUAUUAGGUGUGACCCUGUCCCUGCUCAUUCUGCUGACAGUGUUUGGUAAUGCCCUGGUAUGUCUGGCCGUCUGCGCCACACGACGUCUCCGCUGCCUCACCAACUGCUUCAUCGUUUCCCUCGCCAUCACUGACCUGCUGCUUGGCAUGCUGGUCCUGCCCUUCUCCGCCCUCCUCCAGCUCAGCGAUUGGCCGCUGGGGCCAACCCUCUGCAACAUCUACAUCUCAUUGGAUGUUAUGUUAUGCACUGCCUCUAUCCUCACCCUAUUGGCCAUCAGCGUGGACCGAUACCUGGCCGUGACCGCACCCCUUAGAUACUCGUCGCUGGUGUUGCCGAGGAGGGUAGCCAUAACAAUGGCUUCGGUGUGGGCGGUGUCGCUGGGGGUGUCGUUCCUACCGAUCCACCUGGGCUGGAACACUGUGGACGGCAGUGUGCAGAACCGCGGCCCGGGGGAGGAGAGGGAGUGUAAGUUUGAGCUGAACCCUUCGUACGUUACGGUGGAUGCCUCCUUAACCUUUUACCUUCCCCUGCUGAUCAUGUGCUGGAACUACCUCCGCAUACUCCGCAUCGCCCGGGCCCAGGCCAGACGCAUCAUCUAUGCACGACCCAACCUCAACAACAGCCCCUCGUCAGCCCCUCGUCAACUCACCUCAGUAACAGCGAUGGCUCUACGGGAACACAAAGCCACAGUGACCCUAGCAGCAGUGAUCGGAGCGUUCAUGGUGUGCUGGUUCCCCUACUUCACCCUGUUUACUAUCAUGGGUCUGAGGAUGCAGGACUACCCAGCAGCCUACCCUGUGGUGCUGUGGCUGGGGUACAUCAACUCAGCUCUGAACCCAUUGCUCUACGCUGCCCUCAACAGAGACUUUAGGUCCGCCUAUGCCCGCCUGCUGCACUGUGGUUACUAUGGAUACGGCAGGGGAGGGGCGGGCCAGCGUCGCCCCACAACACUUCCACGACGGGUAAAAGGAACAAGGAGAAAGACAACACACACGGUGACGGAACAUACACAAUCACUCAUAACAACUCCAAAAUAUUGUAUUUUCUUGUGUCUAGCGAGUUAGGUCAAUGGUGAGCCAAUGGGCACAGAAUAGCCAACUCUGGUCUUCUGGUCUUGUAUCCCUCUCAGGUGCGGGGGAGGUAGGUGAGGGGGGGUGUCGCUCUGCUGCAUGAACACACCUCUUCCUGUAGGGCGGGGCCAGGUGAGACCGGUGUGAUGAUGAUGGUACAGGAAGGCAGAGGAACAACCAUACCUUCCACAGCACAGGGGCGUCUGCCGCCAACGAAUCUCGCUGACCCUGUGUCUAUCUGUGAGGAGGAUUCGGUGUCCUACCUGUCCUGAAAGCUGAGCCCAGGACCAGCCAACUUAACUCAGACA